CCCCUCUGUACUUCCACUCUUUCUCAUCCCGCCUCCCCGCUCGCUCAGAGCCGCAGACGCUCCUCCAGCUCCGUGCAGCGCGCCGUGCCAACAUGGUCUGCGGCUCCUGCGCUCGCAGGCUGGCCCGCCGGUCUCGGUCCGCCCUGAUCGCAGCCCUCACGGUGCUGCUGGUGCAGACCCUCAUUGUGUGGAACUUCAGCACCCUCGACUCCGGCGAGGAGAGAGAAAACGCAGGCUCCAGCGUGCGGGAGAAGAGGGACCGGGUGGCGGGCAGCAGCAGCAGAGCCGCCGCCGCCGCCGGCAGCGACUAUUUCCAGCGCGGGGUCCAGCAGCAGCGGCGGCAGCCCGGGCAGCAGCAUCUUCCUCCGGCGGGGAGGGGGACGUCUCGCCACAUACAGCAGCCGGACGGAUAUUACUCCCACCGGCCAAAGGAGAAAAGUAAAGUUGACAGCAACAACGAGAACUCAGUACCCAGAGACUUUGAAAAUAUAGAUAAUAGCAACUUCGGUGCCCGUUCGCACCGGCAAUCUGUGGGGGCCACCAGCAGUAAGCAGCGGGAGCGUCUGCAGGGGAAGGCCCACACCCAGCAGCAGGCCUGGCAUGACAGCUCUCCCAGACUGGGCCGCAGCUCCAACGAGAUUUUGCCCAUUGGCCACCAGUCGCUAGAAAUGGGGAACAAUGCCUCCUAUCCCGUUGACCACGGCAUCGCGGCAGGCCUGCAGCAGCACAGUCGCGCCUCGCUGGCCCAGACUGCCCAGUCCCAGCACAGACAUCAGCAACCGCACAGGAAGCAGGAGACUACAGCCACGCUGGAGGUCACGUAUGAUCAGCCUCCAAAGUGCGAGAUCAGCGGCAAGGAAGCCAUCUCUGCCCUGUCCCGAGCCAAGAGCAAGGAGUGCAGACAACAGAUUGCUGAGGUCUACUGUAGACACAAGGAGGGCCAGCUAAUGCCUGACGCAGUAACCCGCUCCUGCCCUAUUGAAGGUAAAGCCAACGUGAACAUCCAAUGGGAUGAAGACUCAGUGGAGAGUUUUCCAUCCAAACCAGUAAGAAUAGUGUUUGUCUUGGUGAUUCAUGGUCGAGCUUCUCGCCAGUUCCAGCGUCUCUUCAAAGCCAUCUACCACACCUCCCACUUCUACUACAUACACGUGGACCAGCGCUCCGACUAUCUGCACAGGCAGGUGCAGGCCUUGGCUUCCCAGUAUCCCAAUGUGAGGGUGACGCCCUGGCGUAUGGCCACCAUCUGGGGGGGAGCCAGUUUGCUGACCAUGUAUCUGCGCAGCAUGGCUGAUCUGCUGGCCAUGAGGGACUGGAGCUGGGAUUUCUUCAUCAAUCUCAGCGCUGCAGACUACCCGAUCAGGAACAAUAACCAGCUGGUGGCCUUCCUGUCCAAAUACAGAGACCUGAAUUUCAUUAAGUCCCACGGCAGGGACAACGCAAGGUUCAUCCGUAAGCAGGGUCUGGAUCGUCUCUUCUACGAGUGUGACACCCACAUGUGGAGGCUGGGCGACCGGAAAAUCCCAGAAGGCAUCUCUGUGGACGGCGGAUCGGACUGGUUCCUCCUCAACCGCCUGUUUGUCGAAUAUGUGAUCAGCUCCAAGGACGAUCUGGUCACCAACAUGAAGCGGUUCUACACGUACACUCUGCUGCCCGCUGAGUCGUUCUUCCACACUGUGCUGGAGAACAGCAACCACUGUGAGAGCAUGGUGGAUAACAACCUGCGCAUCACAAACUGGAACCGCAAACUCGGCUGCAAGUGUCAGUACAAGCACAUCGUGGACUGGUGCGGAUGCUCUCCCAAUGACUUCAAGCCUUCAGACUUUCACCGCUUCCAGCAAACGGUGCGGCCCACCUUCUUUGCCAGGAAGUUUGAGGCCAGCGUGAACCAGGAGAUAGUGAACCAGCUGGAUGCCUACCUGUUUGGACCAUUUCCUCAGGGAACGCCGGGACUGAACUCGUACUGGGAGAACGUUUACGACGAGCCAGAUGGCGUCGCCAGCCUGUCGGACACGCUGCUCACGUACUUCCACUCUUUCACACGGAUGGGCCUAGUGAGGGCUGCGGCCUCGCUCCAGGGGAACCCAAACGAUCACAGCUGCAGGUACUUCCCGAUGGGCCACCCUGUGUCAGUGCAUCUCUACUUCCACCUAGACCAGUUCCAGGGCUACCUGGUCAAGCACCAUGCCACCAACUUGGCUACAAGCAAGCUGGAGAUCAUGGAGACCUGGGUGGCUCCCAAGAAGAACUUUGAGCUGACCAUGCCUCCAGGAAGCACAUUUGGCCGGCUGCAGUUUGCUGAGAUUGGCACAGAGUGGGACGCUAAAGAACGUAUGUUCAGGAACAUCGGCGGCCUGAUGGGUCCCAUGGAUGAAACGGUAGGCAUGCAGAAGUGGAACAAAGGGCCAAACGUCACAGUCACCGUGGUCUGGAUCGACCCCACCAAUGUUAUCGCGGCCACCUACGACAUCUUGAUCGACGCCAGUGCAGAGUUCACCCACUAUCGUCCGCCGCUCAACCAGCCGCUGCGACCUGGGGUCUGGAACGUCCGAAUCCUACAUAAUUGGAGCCCUGUGGCCCAGAUACGUUUCCUUAUCGUUCCCCUGGCCUAUAACAAGCACCAGCCGAUAAGACAAGAGGACACGCUGAGGCUCCACAACGGGCCGACAAAGAACAGCUACAUGGAGCAGAGCUUCCACGGCCUCAACCCGGUGCUCAACAUCCCCGUCAGCCUGGCUUACGUGGAGCAAGCCAGGAGGAACGCCGCCCUCACCGGCCCGGAGCUCGAGGGCUGGGUGGACGGCCUCGUCGGAGAGCUGUGGGAGGCCGCCGACAUCUGCGCCGUCGGCCUCACGGCCUGCCCCGUCAUGCAGCCCUGCGCCAAGAGCCCCUGGAGCUCCAUGAGCCCGGAUCCCAAAUCCCAGCUGGGAGCGCCGCGUGCCGACGGCCGCAUAAGGUAGCAGCGAGGCCUCCAGCUGGACAGGAGGCCGCGACACUGUUUACUCCUAUUUAUUUGAGAGGCUUAUCACGAGGAGAGGAAGAGGAGAAGGCUCUUCCUCUGUCCCUCUGAGAAGAGGCGAAUGAAAAAAGGUGGACUCCUUCAGCAUGCUGUGGGUAAGGCUGUCUUAAAUGCAAGGGGAAGCAUUUCUCUGAGCCUCCCACAGAGUUUAUUCCUCCUGGGGAUUUUGCUGGCUUUGCUAUUUCCCUUUCUCAGUGUAUUUAUUAUUACGUUUUUUUUUUUUUUUUUUUUUUUUCCAUGGCUGAGUUUUACUGUGAUAAAACGUUGCAAUUUUGGAGCUUUUUACUGUGCAGUUGAAGGAAUUGCAACGCCCAGCUUUAGGGCAGUAUGGCCACGCAAGCCUGGACUGUCGACACUGGUGCGACACGGCCUUAGUUGGAAGACAUUCACCAGGAAGUAGCUGAGCACUGGCUCCUAAAACUUCAUCAACAUGGACAGUAGAACAAAAGCUGGGUAGCGAGCACCCCUUAAAUAGAUCACAUGAAAAUUUGUGACAGCUCAAAUAUAAUUUAUUAGGUAACUCGUUCGGUGUUUAUGACUGCACCACCCUUUAUAGCUACAGGCACCACCUGGUAAAGAUGUGUAUAAAAAGCCUUCAAAUAAGUGCAACUCUUACUGCAGCUCUCUAAAAGAGAAAAUUUGCUAACAGUACAUUUUGGAGAUGUUUAUUUACUCUUUGACCACCCUGUUCACCCUACAUGUCACAAAUAUAAACUUUGGUCUUUGUUCAGCCUCUUUUUUGUCAUAGUUCCCACAGUUUUAGAUGUUUUUUAACCACUCCUAUUGUAGGAUAGUCAUCAUAGUAAAAGUUCAACUAGAUAACAUUGGAUAACAAUUGUUGAUUCUGUCUUGGAAAGCAAAGGGUUCUUUCUAAACCCUUCCUGCAAGAUGAAUUCUCGCGGGACAUAUAGCUGUGACAAAAGCAAGAGCUGCUGAGCCCAGAGCCGGACCAAAAUAAACACGGCUGGGCAGGAGGACGCACGCGUAGCCGCUUCUAUCACGUCUGUUUGGUCAGAAUCCACGAUUUCAUCUUUGAAAUAAGAACAGCGAGAAGUGCCUUGACUAGCUUACCUUGUUGUGUCUCAUGACAGUUUCUCAUGGAAAAUAUAAGCCUGCUGCUUACAUUUUCAUUUGAUACCGUGAUUGGCUAAAACCAACUUCUGGUAGGCGGGCACUAGGUGUCGCUUCACCCAAUCAACUGGGAAAGUUCUGCUGAAUGUCCCUCCUUUCCCCGAAUGGACUCGAUAGGAGCAGUCCCAGAGUGAUAAUGGUCAUACCUCAGUCAGAAGCCAGACCAGCAGUUGGACUUGCUAAAUUUUCAAAGUUGUAAACUUUCAGCAGCAGCAGCAGCAGCAGCUCACUGUUCCACCCAUGGUUGGUCCGGUGAGCCUCUGCGGGGAAGGGCUGAGUGCCAAUUUGUGUAGUUGAAAAUGGCUCAGUUGGCUUUAAACGAUUCCUUUUAUAUGUUAUUAUAUUUAAAUAUUCAUUUUGACAACCCUAGUAAAUGGGGAGAGGUCUAGGUGAGAAGCUGUUUUUUUAACAUCAAGAUCAACAUACUGUACAUCUGCCUUAAUUGGUUUGCAUUUUCUUUUGUCUUUCCCAUUUUGUACAGUCCAGCCAAUAGAAAUGGAUCCUUUUGAAAUUAUAUUUAUACCCCUUAGAACAAAGUCGUGGCUUACUAAGAAAGGUUUCCAGACUCUCCAAAAAAUGUAAAAGAGGAGGUAGGGAAUGAAAACAACUUAAGUUGAAUGCAUUUUAUUGGGAUUUAUGUUCUGUACGGAUAAAUAUAUUCAAAAUUUUAAGUUAUUUUCUAAGCAUCUGUGUGAAAUAAUGCUAGUGCAAAAAAAGAAAAACUAAUUUGAAUGCUUUUUAGUAACUUUUUACCAGGGGUGCCUAUAAAUAUGUGGGGUGCUGUAAAAUCACACAUUUGAGCAGCUGAGUGCCUGAUUAGGUUUCGGAGCCAAUGUGGCUGCUUUUGUUUUGUUGAGAUAAAAAUGCCUUUCUAGUAUAGUUAGUUAAUUGGGGAAUAUUUUUAUUUCACCGAAACUGCUUGUAGACAUUUGUGGUUAUCUUACUUUCUUUUGAGACUUAAUAUUUCCAUAGAUUAGACUCUUUUUUUAUAUAUAACAGCCAGAUGUUAUGACAGGCAGCAGACAAGAGAAGAAUCAAUAUUUCUUGUUUCUUCUUUUCUUAAUUCAAUCUGCCUCAAACCCGAAACAAAAUUACCUUAAGAUAACCUUAAACGUGUCGUUCUUGUUGAGUUUGUUCCAGUGAUUUCACAACACUUAAUGUUGUACAUAAUUAUUCAAGAAUCUCCAAAAUUGUGUGAGUGAGGGGGGGGAGGAGUAUUGUUAUUUAUUUCGAAGUUUAUAUUAAUACUGAUAUUUUUAGUCAGUGACUAAAUAACUGCAACGCUGCCUUGGCAGCAUGAUGAGUAUUUUUUUGUAAGGAAAGCCGCCUUUAUUUACAAAGGCCAUCACCCCGAACUUAAUAUUGUACGUUUUUAUGGCCCGCACCCGUGUGUUAGUCUGUGUUGUCCUGUCUGAACAAGACCUUCUUGUCCCAGUUUCUUACAUGGCUGUUGGCAGUGUGCAUCACAAGAGAAAAUCCAUGCUGAUCCUUGACCUCCAUUGUUGCCUGGACGUUUUCCCAUUUUGUUAGGUUACAAACACAAACUUUGCUGUUAUAUUCGCUAGACCAACACAUUGCAGUGCACGAUUCGGAAGUGAAAGGAACAGGAUUCUUGGUUUUGGAAAUUGGAAAAACCCCAAUGUCAAUACGUUUGCUGCGUUUAGACAUAGAAGUCUUUUGGCAUGUGUUUCCACCAGUUUUCCACAUUUAGAGAUUGUUCAUUUUUGUUCAUUCUUCGUUCAACAUAGCUCAAAUUGACUAAUAUUGGAUGUGGCACGUCUGUAAACAGCAGUUUUCGUUCUUAGUUUAGGUCUGAACUGGGUCAUUCUAUCACAUGGAUAUGCUUUGAUCUAAACCCUCCAUUAUAGCUCUAGCUCUAUAUUUGGGGUCGAUGUCCUGCUGGAAAGACAACGUCCACCUCAGUUUUAAGUGUCUUUUAUCUUAUAACCUGGCUUCUUGCAGCUCAAUACAUCUUUCAGAUCAAAUCUUACCAGUUUAUUUAUCUAUAGUGAAGAAAGGCAUUCUCUAAGCAUGAUGCUGCCACCCCCAUGUGUCAUUAUGUUAUGUGUUGCAUGUUGGUCAAAGGUUUCAUUUUGGUCUCAUGCCACCAGAGCACCUUCCUCCACAUGUUUGCUAUGUCCUCUACUCCACUUUAGGUGAAACACAAAUAGGACUCAAUCAACAACCUUUCUUCUUGCCACCGUUCCAGAGGGGCCAGCUUUGCUUCCACUUCACAGUUUUGCACCACUUUGUGUUGGUCUAUUUGUGAAAUACCAAUAAAAUACGCUACGGUUUGUGGUAGUAAUGUGAACAAACUAGGAAAAAGUUCAUGAAUUUUUGCGAGGAACUGCAUCUAAAGCAGAAAAUUAUCAAACAGAGAAGGUGAACAGAAACUAUCGUCACAAACAAGCACUCUGGACAAUGUGUGGACCGAAGGAGAAACUGUGCUUUUUGGUGUUGUAUCCGAAUGACAGUGAGUGGUUGUAGUUUUCAUGCUGUGACAAAAAGAAAUUUAUAAUUUCAAGUGAAUAUGAUAUUGUAUCUUGAGUGCAAAAAAAAAGAAGAGAAUAAUUUAUCAGACUUGUUCUAUGGCACCUUGUCAGCUCUGUUCACAUUUGAAGUACGUUUUCUCCCAUCGAGACAAUCUCUGGACAUUUACGUCGACUUAAUCACACCAGGGACGGCAACUGAUCCUGAACAAGGAGUUCGGUCA